CUAGAAUGCAAAUCUUUGUGCAGAUAAUAUCUGCAAUUUGUUUUCAGUUUAUUUGGCAAUGUGUUAUCGCUAAAGUAAAGAGAAACAGAAUACACGCCAAACUGUAUCAUUAUGAAUACGUUGUUACUUUUUAUUUGCAUUAUUAGGACCGCUGGUGAAAAAAGGAACGAUUUAUGUACAUAUUCAAUUCUGCCAGGAGGAAAUUUAUCUUUUUGACCUACCGUGUAUUUAAUUUCAAGCCGGACGUUUGACCAACAAUAGUGGGUAAAUAAUCCAGAUAUGAAGUAAAAAAAAAUGCUUUUUUGUAUUGCGUAAUUCAAGCAUUUAAAUGAUAUAACUGACUUUCGGUCAAUAUCGUGCAAACACGUAAGAGCAUUACAGGGAAACCAACACGUAUUUUUGUGGGACUGGUUACACUAUUGCUGAAUGAAUCCACAAAACACGUGCUAGCUUGUAAGCAGCGCUCAUCAGUCGAGUAAUUAGGAUUCGUAGAUUAAAAGUGGACAGAGACAACUCGCUGUGUUUGCUGACCGGAAUAUGUCCUCGUUUUGAAGUGCGUGUAUUAACUUAAACAAAUUUUUCUUGUGGGUAAAGUUGAUGUGUGCGGUUUUAUAUGACAAAUGGAGGAUAACGGGCGAUUACAACCAGGCACGGUGUUUGAAUCGACGAAUUUAAAACAUGAGGCGGAAAACGAGCUCCUCGUCAAACUGGGAGCUAAGGAAGAGGAGUUUGACUGGCACCCGGACAUUUUAUACAGACGACCAGAACGCCCCAGGUCAAGCAUAAGUCUAGAUUAUCCUCUAGAUCUGAAAGUAGGCCGACCAAAAACUGGAAAUGCAAUUCAGAACAGAAAUCCUUGGAUAUGCAACAACCAGGCCAUGAGACAAAUAACACUGGUGACACGUCACGGCCCACGGCAGAGAUUCCUAAACAGAGCACAGUUUUCUGCUGGCCCAGUUUCUUGUGUCCAUAUUCAUAAAAGUAUUCAAUGAAUUCAUUACUAGUAUCUAGUAGGCAUGUAACGAAGAUAUUUUGAACUACGCCUAAGAUAUCCGACCUUAGAUUGCUUUGUGAGCUUCCUUAACUUAUAACAUGCCUUCAAUGUCCAUCAGGACAUCACAUAUCUACAGUCACCCGAAAACUUAUGAUCUGUAUUAUUCCUCUGAAAAACAUCACCUUUUUUGUAAAAGAUAAUUUCCAUUCAAUUAAGGCUUGAACUUUCCCAUAAUCGCAAAGCUGACUACAUUUAAAAUCGUCAGAGGAAAUAUAAAAUAUUGAGAAAAAAUAUUGUUCAACAAUUUGUAGGUUUCAAAUGGAAUAUUUCUGAGGUGGAAACUGAUGAAAUGAAUAAAUGAUAUGUGAGUUCAGGAAUUUUGUCAUAUGCGAAAACCGUGUGGACAUGUUACAACGUUACAAAAAAGUCGUUAUCAUAUAGCUUUAAGCAUUUAAUCAGCCCAUGUCGCUGUAUUAUCUUCCAUGUAUCAUUUAUCAGUUUUAAAUCUUGAAAGGGAAUGUCUGUAAUUAGAUUCACUGCUAAUGUCGCUUUGGACGAUUAAUUUGGUUUAUUUGUAAAGGUCCGUCAUGAAAAAAAUGUAGCUUUUCCGCAAUUACAUACACCCUUAUGUAUUUCUUACAUUUCUUGAUCUUAUUUUUGUUAGACCAUUUAAAGCUCCAUUUGGAUUUCCUAACGUGUGAGUGGGUGUAUUAAGAUGGCUUUGAUUGAAUGAGAUAAUAGAACAUACAGAGGUAAAAAGAUGGCUUUGAUUUACACCUUCAGAAUAAUCUUUUAAAAAGCUUUCCAUGUUUCUAAUUCUAUUUUCAUAAAACCUCCAAGAGAAGUUUUAUUUUCAUUAACAUACCCGCUGGCCUCAUCUAAACAGUAAAAAAUUGAAUCGUGUUUAUCUUUGAGAUAUUCAAGUCGAUAUAAUGUAUUUGAGAAUAUGUGUGGUUUUAAAAUAAAUCGCAUUAUUGUAUUCAUGUUACGUCGACAAGUUGUUUUCAUUUAUAUUUGCGUCCAUUGUAUAAAUAUCAUUUCAUAUUAUAUGACUUGUAUACUAGGUACUGACACAUACUAAGUCUCAAGAAGGUUCAUAUCGUUUAUUUUUAGAAAUGUGUUUUGAAGUGUAAACACGUCUAUCGUUUGUUAUUUGUAGAAUAGAACUCUACAUUUUUGUGUUAGUAUAUAUAAAGUAUAGAAAACACUAUGGCAUUUAUAAUGAUUAGUGCUGAACAUUUCUUUUUCAUCUGUGAAAUGGUAUAUACGUUUUACUAUAAUGGUGUGCAUUGUGAGAUAACUAAUUGCAAUUUGUUGUUGAGUACACAUUUUAAAUGCAUUUAAUCAUGUUUUGUUAGGUUCUAUUGUGUUAUGUUUCUAAUGAGACUGCAUGAUGAUAUGCAAACAUAGACUAUGUAUAUCUUGUCACCUCAUGCAUUUGUUUGCAUAGGGUCUUUCUAGGCGAAUAAUUUGUCUUGAUUUUAAACGAAUUUACACGAGAAUUCUAUCAGAACCAGGUAGAUUAUUAAAGAAGCAUUUUGAAGUUUCAGCAACAAUAAAAUGAAAACAAAC